AUGAAUCGGGUUCGAUGGCAGCACCGGAUGCUUCAGGAAUAUGGCAGUCCUGUUCGAGUUGGAAUAAACGAGUUGUACUUCUCGGAUAUGAAAUCAUGGCAAGACAUCUACGGCCAAUCGUCUAACCCCUGCCCAAAAGAGAAAGUGUUCUAUGAUAUGUUUACUGCGACAGGGGCAGUCAGUCUUUUGAAUGAAAGGAACAAGGCAGCUCAUGCUCGGUUAAGACGCUUGGUAUCCCAUGCGUUCUCAUUGAACGCUUUGCUUCAGGACGAACCUAUGAUUCACCAAAAAGUGAAGACUCUUCUCGAGAUCGUCUUCAUCCCCACGGCAGAGAAGAACCAGCCAGUGGAUAUCUUUUCCAAGUUUAUGGACCACUAUCUUGACAUAACGACCUAUCUGAGUUUCGGGAAGUCAUUCGACUGUGUCUCUGGCCAAGGCACCCUUAAUCAUGAUGAUUUAGACUCUUUCAUGGUUGUUGUGCCCACCCAAGCAUUCUUCCCUCAACUGCGCUAUGUCCCUAUGAAGGCGAUUCAAGAUGGAUACAGAGGUCUGAACAGAUUGAUCAAGUUUGCUGAAGAGUCAGUUACCGAAUUUCACGCCAAGAUUGAAAAGAAUGGUGAUGACUACGCCAAGGGCACAUUCUUGAGAAACCUGGUCGAGGCCGUCGACCCGGAGACUGGCAGUAAGCUCAGCUUUACAGAACUCGUCGAAAACACCAUCCUUUUCUUAGUCGCAGGGAGUGACACGACGGCAGUGACAACAAUAUACACAAUAUGGGAAAUUGGCAAGAGACCCGAGGUCAGAAAGAAGCUGACUGACGAGAUUCGGACACGUUUUGCUGACCCUGGUCAUGAGCCAACGUACGCAGAGACAACUGAGCUGGAGUAUUUGAACGCAUGCAUACAGGAGACAUUGAGACUCUGGGGACCCCUCAGUGCUGGGUUCCCGCGAGUAUCACCAGGGAAAGUCAUCGGUGAUCACUUUAUUCCCUCGGGGGUCCAGGUGGCUACCCCGGCCUAUGCGACUGCUCGCGACCCUGCCGUCUUUCCCAACCCUACAGAGUAUAUCCCAGAGCGCUGGCUUAAUGCGACUCCUGAAAUGAAGAAUAUGUCAAGACCAUUCAGCUACGGUCCGAGGAAUUGUAUCGGGAAACACUUGGCCGAUAUCGGGCUGCAGUUGACUCUUGCUCGACUAUACCAGCUUUACGACAUUGAAAUCGACCCGAGUAUGACUGACACUAUGAUGAGACAGAAAGAUAGAGGAGUAUGUGCCCCUUGGGAUGAGAAAUUAGUGGUGCGACCGUCUUUCGUUCAUCCGGGCGUUGGAUCUUAA